CUCGUACUUUUCAUGGCCGACCCUUCGCAGCAACUACCCCCUGGAUGGGCCGCAGAAUGGGACGCCAAUAACCAGAGAUAUGUGUUCAUUGAAACCGCCACCGGGCGCGCCCAGUGGGAACCUCCAUCUGCUGGAUCACCCACCGUUUCUCCUCCGCCCUCCAAGUCCCCUCCACUGGCGCAACAUCAUGCCAAACGUCGCCAGUAUGCAGCGGGUCAAACUCAAGUAUACUAUGGCGCCGGCGAUACCCUUGCUCCCACUCAGUACGGAGCUGGAGUCGGAGGACAGCAGCCCAUGGGCGGGCAACUCUUUACUCCGGGGCUCGCCGCGGAACAGCAGUUCGCGACCCAGCAGCAGCAACAGCAGCAGCAAGCUCCCGCUGGAGGAUACUACGGCCAGGCGGCUGAACCAGAGUACAUCAAUGCUCCGGGAUAUGGUCAGCAGCCUGCGGUAGGGUAUGGUCAACCUGGUGCACCCGUUCAACCCCCCGUUGGUGUGUUAGCGGACCAGUUCGGGCAGAUGGGCAUUGGCGGACAGAAGCCUUUCCAGAUCUACACCGCGAACCUGCUGACGUCCCCUCCCGAUCCUCGUGAACUCAGCCGUCCGCCGCCAGAAAUCCGACUCCCUCCUGGCGCCUCUCUAUCGCCCUCUCCGACUGCGAAUGCGCCAUACCAGUAUCAGCGUAGCACGCUCAAUGCGAUUCCUAACUCGGCAUCCUUACUUGGAAAGAGCAAAAUUCCUCUGGGGCUAGUGAUCACGCCGUAUAGGUCGCUAAAGGAGGGGGAAGAGCCUGUGCCGGUCGUAACAGACACUGUCAUCGCACGGUGCAGACGGUGCAGAACAUACAUCAAUCCUUAUGUUCAGUUCAUUGAUGGUGGCAAUCGCUGGCGAUGCUGCAUGUGUUCGAUGUCCAAUGAAGUUCCUCAACUGUUUGAUUGGGACCAGGCACGGAAUCAGCCUGGGGACCGUUGGGCUCGCGCGGAGCUCAACCACUCUGUAGUCGAGUUCGUCGCGCCAACCGAAUACAUGGUCCGCCCACCGCAGCCCGCGGUCUACGUGUUCUUGAUCGACGUCAGUCAUACUGCCGUGCAAACCGGUAUGGUCGCUACUGCCACCAGGACAAUCCUCGAGAACUUGGAUCGCUUGCCGAACGAGGACUCGCGUACAAAGGUCGCCAUUAUCGCCUUCGACACCUCCUUGUAUUUCUUCUCGAUGCCCGCCGGAACGACAGACUCCAACAUGCUCGUCGUUUCUGACAUUGAUGAUGUAUUCUUGCCGAAGCCCACUGACAUCCUCGUGAACCUCUCCGAGGCUAGGGCUUCGCUAGAUGCGCUCCUUGGCAGGCUCAACGACAUGUUCCAGGAUAACCAUGUCAUUGGUAGCGCUUUAGGCCCAGCCUUGCAGGCUGGGUUCAAGCUGAUGAACCCUAUCGGUGGCAAAAUCGUUGUCCUGUCUUCCAGUUUACCGAGCUUGGGAGCUGGUGCGCUGAAAAAUAGAGAAGACCCCAAAAUCCUGGGCACUUCGAAGGAGUCGGGUCUCUUACAAGCCGCGUCUCCCUUCUACAAGACCUUCGCCAUCGAGUGUUCUCGGGCGCAAGUCUCGGUUGAUAUGUUCCUGUUCAGCUCUGCGUACCAGGACGUGGCGACAUUGGCCUGUCUCCCCCACUACACUUCUGGCCAGACAUACUUUUACCCAGCUUUCAACGCCGCACGCUCAGAGGACGCCGUGAAGUUCGCACACGAGUUCGGUGAGGUGAUCGCGAUGCCCAUUAUGCUGGAAGCUGUCAUGCGUGUCCGCGCAUCCCGCGGUCUCCGCAUGGCAUCUUUCCACGGAAACUUCUUCGUGCGCUCGACCGACUUGCUCGCGAUGCCCGCUGUACCCCAAGACCAGUCGUACGCCAUCGAAGUCCAGCUGGAAGAGACGCUCACCGCUCCUUUCGUGGUCUUCCAGACAGCUGUCUUGCACACCACUUGCUAUGGCGAACGUCGUAUCCGCGUCCUCACGCUCGCUCUGCCGACGUCUUCGAAUCUGUCGGAAAUUUACGCAUCUGCAGAUCAAGUGGCCAUUGCCACGCUGCUUGCGAACAAGGCGGUCGAGCGGUCGAUUACGCACAAGCUCGAAGACGCCAGGGAUGCCGUGUUUGCCAAGCUGGUUGAGAUCCUGCAGUCGUAUAAGACGAGCAUGACGUCAGCCGGUUCAGGUGCGAGCGCACAGUUGGCCAUCAGUGAAAACAUGAAGAUGUUGCCGGUGCUCGUGCUCGGGUUGUUGAAGAACGUGGGCGUACGGCAAAGCGCUCAGAUCCCUCCAGACUUGAGGGCUUACUCCCAGGCGCUACUGACGUCGUUACCUUCCGAACUGUUGAUCCCCUACAUUCACCCCAUGUUCUACUCCUUGCACAACAUGCCUCCGGAGGCUGGAACAGUGGGUGAAAAUGGCGUGAUUCUACCACCGCCACUCCCUCUUACCUCCGAGAGGCUGGAGAGACACGGAUUAUUCCUGAUCGAAGAUGGACAAACCAUCUUCCUCUGGGUGGGACGUGAUGCUGUGCCACAGCUCAUCGCCGACGUCUUCAAUCUACCAAGCUAUGAAGUGCUGCGUGGCGGCAAGAUAACCCUUCCACUGCUAGAUAAUCCCUUCUCGCAGCGCGUGAAUGCAGUGAUCCAAAAGACGCGCGAGAUGCGCCGGGGUGUUUAUCAUCCCCAUCUGUAUGUUGUCAAGGAGGAUGGCGAGCCUCCGCUCCGUCUCUGGGCGCUUAGUGCGCUCAUCCAAGACCGGGCAGACGUGUUGCCUAGCUAUCAGCAGUUUAUCGGCCAACUGAAAGACAAGGUCAACGGCUCAGGGAGCUAUUAAUUCGAACGAUGUGGACUAAAGGAUUGGCUGUAUAUGUUUCGUUUUUGUUUCCUUGUUGUUCGUUUGUGUUCUUUUGUGCGUUCGGAAACGAUACAUAUACGUUUACUAUCCUUCUAGAUGAUGAAACAAAUUUUCUCUUGGUGGGUCUAC